CACGUGUGCAGGUGAAAUAUCCGGGUGUGCGGGCGCGCAUUGGAUUCUGUUGCUUGAUGACGGCGACGAGUUGGCUGUCGCUCGGCAGCAGCAGCAGGAGCGGCAGCGGAGACGGCAGAGAAACUCUCCCCGGAAAAAAUCUCCACCGCUGGGGGGCGAUGCCGGUCGGGCGGAACUAGCCCCGUCCCCACACACUGUGCCGGCAACCCACGUGGGUGGCUGCUUCGGAACGUCGCUCCCUCGCUCCCCUCGACCUCGUGAACUCCGCUGACCUCGUGAACUCCGCUGACCUCGUGAACUCCGCUGACCUCGUGAACUCCGCUGACCUCGUGAGCCAACGUCGUCGUCGCUCGCGCCACUGAAAGUCGUCACGAGUCCGCGGACGAGAACUUCUCACCGAGCGGCACAGCUGUUGCAGGCGCAGUGACCAUGAAGCUCUGGACACGUCCCGUACUGCUCCUGUGGAUGAUCGUAUUCGUGGAGUGCGACUGGGCGCAGGAGAUCUGUGUGAAGGACGAGGUGCAAGCGGUGGAGGGAGACGACGUCACUCUGCCUUGCUCCUUGCCGAUCGGCAAAGGGAACGUCACCUUCAAGUGGUCGCAGCUCAUCGGAAAUAACUUGGUUCUGAUUGACGACUCGACUAAGAUGAAUUCCCCAACCCUGAGAGACGUGGAGAAAGGCAACUGCUCCCACACAAUCUUCAACGUCUCCAGGAGCCACAGCCCCAUGACUUUCCAAGCCGAGAUAACAAUAGAUUGGAAGAAGCAUACGAAGAUUUUCACUCUGCAUGUGGCUGCAGCCCCGCGGUCGCACACGGACACUGGUGGUGGCAAGGACACCCCUGGAGGGGAGAACUCGCCCACACCAUGGACCAGCUCGCCGACAUUGACCAUCGUGGCAGGAGUCGUCAUAUUUUCCUCAAUUUGUAUUGCCAUUGCCAUUGCCAUAUGUGUGAAGAAACGUCGCUCGUCUGGGACAUCCCUCCACUCACCCAGGGCUGACGGGGGUGAAGCUGCACGUGGGGACGCAGAGAAUAUCGAGAUGCUACCGGUGACGAACGGAGUGGCAAACGCUCAUCUGGCCGUGGAGACGUCUCCCCUUGUGCGAGUCGGCUUGCUGGCCAAGUUGAGUUCGCUGGUCACGAGACCGAUUCAACACCGACCAAUGAGGAGCGAGGGCAGACUUCAAUGGCGCUGCUGUGGAAAGAUGUGAACAACCUCUCCCUGUUAUAUUUGGAGUUUGAAUUUUCUUCCCAUGGUUGCGUGGAUUUUUCUCCGGGUCCUCCGGUUUCUCCCUCCACAUUUAGAAACUUGCGUUUAAGAGUAUUUGGCUGCGAUACAUUUCCACGUGAUAAGUCACUUUGUUGAGAAGUAAUUUGUGGCCAAGUUACUACAGCAGUCCCUCGGUUAACAGUGACAGUGGUUUACCGUUUUUCAGUUCACGUUUCGCCUCCCAUAGGACCCCAUGGUUUUGACGAACGUUAACAUUGUGACUAACGGUACGUUUACGUUGGGCACGCGGGCGCCAAUUUUGGCCAAUCCGAGCGCUCGUAAGUGGGGCUGAGCCAUACCCUGAGCCAAUCAGCGACGCUCACCUAUGAGUGUUUAGACGUCAACUGGCUUUGUUUGCAUUGCGUUUUCUGUUGUGGCAGUGGAAACAGAUCUUGCAGACUCAGUGAUUUUUACUUAUUUUUAAACUCAUAUGUGAUUGCAAUGACCCCUAACGUGAAUUCGCUAAAGGAAAAGAGGAGUAGGAAAGUUAAAAAGCUUUAAAACAAAGCAGGAAAUUAUUAAGGUCAACUUCCGAUCAGCUUGGAACAGAUGAAUGCUUUUAACAUGUAAUUCCUAUAUUUGAUUAAAUUGUUUUGUUUAACAGUCGUUUUCGAGUAACGGAUUAAACACGUUAACCCAGGGACUACUGUAUAGCUUAGUGGCCUUACCUGGAAAAAAUGAAAUAGUUUUAAGUUAAUUUUCAAUUAACAUUUAGGAAUCAUUUGCAGAUGUUACAUUAUUAUCGGUAGCAAUGCAGCAGUAACAUUUCGCAACAGUCACGGUCGUGACAUUUUUUUUCACUUUUCUAAAGGGACAUCCUUCCAGAACUCGCCUUCUUCACUGGAAUAAACUUCCCCGCUACAUUAAGCAGUCCCCAUCCUUCACCUCCUCAUAUUCCUCUCUCAAAGCUCACCUCUUUUGUAUUGCCCCUUCCACUUCCCACCCCUCGCUCCUCCACUCCUUCCCAUCCCUCCCCUGCCCUUUUGUGGCCCCCACGUGACCCUCUGUUGUGGUCACUCUUUGCAUGGCCCUAGCACGCCCUUGCCAUCUAAAUAACUUUAUUCUGUUACCGCUUUUUAAACCGUGCAAAGCGCCUUUAACAAAGCCAUUCUGUAAAUAUAAAAUAAGGUGAUGUGCGGGUCUACCUCGAUAUACGGGUUUCGUUCUUGAAAACAUGAACGUUAGGUGAAAAUUCUGCAGCAUUUUGAAGCGUAUUCUCCCAUAAUGUCCCAUUACAUAGCCAAAGAUGCGUUCCUAAGAAAAGAUGUUCUAACCCAAAACCUAAAAUAACGCCACUAAGAUAUUUUCAUGAAUAAAUAUGGAAAAUAAUAGCGAAGCGCCUUGGGUGAAGGCGCUCUAGAAAUAAAAACUAGAUUAGACAGGUAACACUGCACGCUGUAGUUCGCUCACCAGUAACUGCGGUGAAUGUCGUGUGAGGUGGAGAGGGCUAAGGGGUUGACUAGGAGGGUGAGGGAGGGCCAGGAGGAGCGCACGGACCGUGGUGGAACGCACAGCAGCAGCAGCGGCAGUAGCGGCAGCAGCAGCAGUAGUGUGAACGACGACACGGCCUGUAAACAACGCGGCGGCCAGCCAAACGGCCUGGAACCGCAUUUACUUUGGCAUUUAGCAUUGUUUUCUUCCAACAAAAAAAUAUAUUGUGCAAUCAACGUAUAUCGGGGUGCACCUGGCAAAAAAAUGUGAAAGAGGGGAGCCGGUUACAUGAAGGUUGAGCCACUGAACUUUUGUGGAAACUGUCCUUGAAGGCAGCGUGGAGCUCUCGCGCCAUCCCUCAACAUCCUCUUGUUGAGUCAGAACAAGUCUCGGUACGCUGCCACACUUCGCUGCCUGCUAACGCGUGUUCAAUAGGAAAGUCUUUCAUUUCUUGCUCUAAGUACUUAUUGUGAGUGGCACCUUUUAAAGUUGUAACUCAAAUCACUUUAUAAAAAUGUCAAGUAAGCUUGUGAUAUAGAAUUCUAUUGUUUGCCCGCACUUUUUGCCACUUUUCUUUAAACCCUCAACGUGUUAAGCUUUAAUACCUUGCUUUGCAAUGCUGCCAUGUUACAUGUUGAGAUUACGAACUUUCCUCCAGAGUUCACAGCAUUACGUCGUCGCUACAAUACUAACAUUUGCGUGUUCACGUCGACCCUGCCACAUCGCAGGGGUUAGGGGCGCAGGCCCCCUGCGAUCUGGAAAAACAGCAUUAAAUGUUUAGGUCCCCUUCGUGAGCAAAGCGAGCACCUCCAGCCGGGGGGUUGGGGGGGGCUGUGUACAUAUAUUUUAUGCAUUUGAAAAACUCUCAAAACAUUCCCAUUUACUUUCUUAUGCCGACCCCACGAUAAAUCGAAACCGCGAUGGGGAAAGUCGCGAUGCAGAAGGGUCGACUGUAUAUCCUUUAUUUAAAUUCGUGAAAUGGUUGUCCACGUGACCGUUUUAUUUAUUUGGCUGUCGGGUAGUUGGAGGGUCUUAGGACACAUUUGGCUAGGUCAUUCUGUGCCCUAAUCAAAAGAUAAAUUAUUUACUGAUAAAUGCAGUGUACAUAUCAAAAAAAUGUCACUUAACUUUUUUAACUGUCGGGUACUUUUUAGCGGCGGAAGUAGUGACGGUUCAAAAGCAAUAGCGUUUGUCAUGAGCAAGUGAGGAAUCCGAAUUUAAAUUGGAAACAGACUGAAACAGAAUGUAUUCUGUCCUGGGGUGUACGGGGAGCGUCGUGAAGACGUUCACUCACGGGAAUUUCGAAUUGCAGGGCUUUAAAUGUGAAAUUAACAAACUGGACAGACGCGGUUGGUAUGCCAAGUAUUGAGUAUUUUGUCUAUGCAGCCAUUCGUGACGUCUUGGCUCUUUACGGCAUUAUUUACCGGCAUACGUUGUACAAUCGUUUGUUUACUUGAAGCACACCCUCGUGAAGCGAUUGUCAAAUGCGUAGACUAUUUAUACGGUCACUGUUUUCUCGGUGAAGUGCUUUCGAGCAUGAAUUUUUUGUAAACAAAUAUAUUUGGUCUGCGAUGCAAUCUUUCGAACACGGCCAAAUCGCCUGGGGCGGUUUGUUCCAUUAGUGGCGAUUGCUGCUUCGGCACUAAGGUAUCUACAUAAAAAAAGACCAUGCAAUGAGGAGCAUCUGCCAAUAUUUAAAUGAGGCCAGUAUUUAUCCUCGAAAGCCUUAACCGACUGUGCACUGUGAUGUUUGGCCGAUUCCCUGAAAAGUCUCGUGCCGCCUUCCGCUCGCGACGGCGUUUAAUGUGCGACUUGAAUUUCUCGACAGUCUGUGCCUCGAUAACGCGGUAGUUGCAUUCCUGAAGGUCGCCGCGUUAUUAUCAUUGCCGCGUAUUCAAAGGGAAUUCAGGGGUUAGGGGGAAUUAGGUUCCGAAAACGCCAAUAUCACUGCCAUAUUUUAAUAAUUUGUGAUAUUGCUGUUGAUUUGUACGUGUUCUUUUUUAAUUACUUUGUUUUAGUUCAAUAGUAUAAUUCAUUCAUUUAAACAUGAAAAUUAGUGAAAAAUGUAUGUUACAAUGUUCGUCGCUAAACAAUAGUAAACGUAGCCAUGGAGGAGGGUGAAGAUAGGAGACGAUUAACGGUGUGAAGAGACUCGCUUAACAGCUUUUAAUGGUAACAUAUUUUUUUAAUUAAAACAUUUUUAACCAGAAGAAAUUAUUCAAUGUAAUGCCACAAGAAGAAGCUAAGAUUGCUUCUUGAGGCGAGUGGUGGAGUGGAAGGAGGAGUAGUGGUGUGCGAUGCUACGCCGAGGCCGUCGUACCACCGCUUAUCCCUACUAUCCAAUGGGCACCCGCGUUAUGAAAACAGAAAUGUGUUCCCUAAUGCAUUCAUCGCGUUGCAGCCAAUUCGCGUGACGCAAAACUACGCCGCUGUGGUAGAACGGACUGCAAUUUGAAGCAACCACGAGACAAGCGUGAGACAAACGUGAGCACGUUUGGUACGGGGCCCCAACGCGAUCAAACAAACCAAUUUCGCGAGUUGACUGCCCAAUCAAUCAAACUUGAUGUCUACAGCACUAUGCGUGCAAAAACACGCAAUACAUCGUGCUUUACAGGCAUGAACAAAACAAGUGAAAUUGUCGACUUGCCCAAGGCCAAGUCCACGUCCCACCAGGGCCGGCUUAAGAUGUUGUAAGCCCCUUGACUACAGGGACUGUGAGGCCCCCAGUAAUACUUUCAAAAGUUUGAAAGCAAAGUUAAAGAAAAAUAUAAUUUAUUUUUACAAGGCUAACAACAAAUAAAAUAAUAACUUUUUACUAAAUUUGUGGAGGCCAAUGGGCUUGCAGCCCCUAAAGGCCCGUGCCUUGAUCCGUCCCUGCGUCCCACGGCCCUCCUGGCCACUCGGGCAGUUGACUCGGACGAAAGGAAGCGGUGUGAGAGGGGGUGGCGUUUCCUCCCCUUCCUCGGCAAUGCCCUUUGUAAGAUUGCACCGCCGCCACCUGAUGCAGUGUUAAUGGGAAACAGCCUGGAACUUGACCACCACAACGACUCUUCUUCGUCGUCGGCCUUCGUACGGCUGAUGUUGAUGUCGAGCAACG